CUAAACCCCACCAUAUUGAAAGACAACCCUAGUUCCUAUCUUCUUUUCCCCUCCCCCUUCCCUGGGCCGCACGACCUAUCCUUCUCUCAUUCUUUCAUUUUCAUUUUUUAUCCUCUCUCUUCUCUGUUUUUCAUUUUCAUUUAUUUUCCUCUCCUCCCUGCCAUCGCCUGUGAGCUGCUCCCACCACCCCCAUCAAUAUACAUACAGAUUACCUCAUGAUCAUAUCUUCAGUGUUAUUCUCAUUGUCUAAGCCCGCAAAUUACCAAUAUUCCUUUCCACAUUUAAGCUUCUAAAUCUCUCGAAUUGCAUUCAUGGCCAGUCAAAGACCCUCUUCAUCUACUUCUGAAGUUAGUAAGAAAAGAAAAAGAGAUGAUUCAUAUCCGUCUCGAUGGAAAUAUGAAGUUUUCCUUAGUUUCUAUGGCAAAGACACUCGCAAGGGUUUUACGGAUCAUCUACAUGCUGAUUUAAAACGGAAAGGCAUUCUCGUCUUUAGGGAUGAUGAUGCACUCAAGCGAGGAGAAUACAUUUCUCAAGCGCUUCUGAAAGCAAUUCAAGAAUCACAAUACGCGAUCGUCAUUUUUUCGGCAAAAUACGCUUUUUCCAAAUGGUGUCUCAUGGAACUUGCUGAGAUAGUUGAAUGUGAGGAAAAGAAAAAGCUCAAAGUUAUUCCUAUUUUCUAUCAUGUGGAUCCCUCUGAUGUGAGAAAUCAGAGUGGGUCUUUUGCAAAAGCAUUCACUGCAUAUGAAAAAGAUCCCCAGAUAGACAGGAAAGAUACGGAUAUGUGGAAAAAUGCUUUGAGAAAAGCCGGUAGUAUCGCCGGAUGGCACAUACACGACAGGUACGAAUCAACAAUUAUACAAAAAAUCAGUACACAUUUAUCUCGUGAGUUGAAUUCUAGUUUCUCGCGUCAUGAUUAUGAAAAACUAUUUGCAAUAGACUCCCAGGCAGGCAAAAUGAUGGAGUUAUUGGAUAUGGAAUCGGAUGAUGUUCGCUUUGUAGGAAUUCAUGGGAUGGGUGGCAUUGGUAAGACAACGCUGGCCGAAAUAAUUUAUGAUAGAGUUUCUUCUAAUUGUCGAUUUGAAGGAAGCAGCUUUAUUUCUUGUGUUAGAGAAAAAUCUACUACUGCUCGUGAUAUAGCUUCUUUACAAAAAGAACUUCUUUCUACGAUCAUGCAAGAAGAAAUACAUGUAUGGGAUCAUCACCAGGGAAUUAGGAUGAUAAAGAAGAUAAUGCAGAAUAAAAAGGUUUUUAUUGUCCUUGAUGAUGUGGAUAGUGACGAGCAACUAAUGGCAUUAGCAGGGGAUCGGAAAUGGUUUGGUCCAGGGAGUAGGGUGAUCAUAACAUGUAGAGAUAUUCAUCCAUUGAGAACACAUGAAGUGAAUCAUAUCUAUAAGGUUGAGCAGCUUGAAACAGCAAAAGCUUUGCAACUCUUUAGUUUCUCAGCCUUCAAGAAAACCCAUCCAAUGGAGGAUUACAAGGAACUAUCUAUGGAUUUUGUAAAUUAUGCUCAAGGCCUUCCUUUAGCUCUUAAAGUUUUGGGUUCCUUGUUACAUGAGAGAAAACUAGAUGCAUGGAAAAGUGAGAAAGAUAAGCUAAAAGCAAUUCCUGAUCCAAAAAUUAUGGAUGUACUUCGAAUAAGUUUUGAUGGGCUGCAGGAAUUGCAAAAAGAGUUAUUUUUGGACAUGGUGUGUUUGUUCCAAGGACAGCAUAGGGUGAAUUACAAAUUUUAUGAGAUGUUAGAAAGUUUUGGUCAUUAUCGCAUCGACAUUGAUGUUCUCGUUGAGAAGUCCCUCAUAAGCAAAUCAGAAUAUGGAUGGUUGUCCAUGCAUGAUUUGCUAAAAGAAAUGGGCCAGGAAAUAGUUCGCCGUGAAUGCCCUCAAGAACCAGGACUACGUAGUAGACUGUUUCGUUUGGAGGAUCUCUAUCAAGUACUGAAGAAUGAUACUGGAACUGAUGCAAUUAAAAGCAUAGUCGUGGAUUUUUGUCCUGAAAUGAAACAGAGACUCAACGCUGAAGCAUUGUCAAAAAUGAGAAAAUUGAGAUUUUUUAUAUUCCAUCAUUCUCGAACUAUAAAAUGGCUUGGAAAACCUUUAAAAUACAUGCCAACCAAUGAGUUGCAAUUCCUAGAGUGGUCUGGAUGUCAUUUGAAAUCUUGGCCUAGUAGUUUCCAACCAAAAAAUCUUACUGUACUAAGGAUGUGUGACAGCCGCAUCAAACAACUAUGGAAGGGGUCGAUUGUUUUAGAGAAUUUGAAGGAAUUAGAUCUGAGUUAUUCUGAGAACUUGAUUGAAACACCAGAUUUGACAGAAGCCCCAAAUCUUGAGAUGAUAAAUCUGGAAGGUUGUAGAAGCUUGUGUGAGGUCCAUCAUUCCAUCAAAGUGCUUAAACGAUUAAAAAAAUUGGGACUUAACAAAUGUUCAAGCCUUGAGAAGCUGCCAGACCUUAGUAAGUUGGAAUGCCUAACAAGUGUUUGGGCAUGCAAAACUGCAAUAACACAAAUACCAUCCGUCAAUCUACUCCCCAAGAGUAUCCGUUUCUUUAAUCUUGAAGGACACAAGUUGAUGAGAGAUCCCACCUAUGAUAUCGGAUCACUUAUAGAAUAUCAGAUGGAAGGAGAAUCUUCGGUAGAAGUAGUGUGCAUUGAUUUUGACAGCAAAGGAGAAAAAAUUUUAGACAUGGCAGGUGGAUUUGUUGGGAAAUUAUAUGGUGAUGCAAUGAUGAUAAGUGGGUGGUCGUUGGGAUUCAAUAUCCCGGAGUGGGUCCGGUUUAAAAGUAAUAGCUCCCGUGUAAUGAUAAAUUUGGAUGGUAUUACGAAUCCGAAGAUGGGGUUCGCUUUCUUUGUUGUUUGUGAUUCUGAUCAAUUCAUUCCCCUUGAUGAAGAUACUUCAAUUUCUUCGUUAUUCAAGGAACAGAUUGAUAAUUUUUCACAAGUGACGCUUGAUUUAUGGUUUGAGACGGGUGAAGGAGAAUUUUGGGAGAGAUAUUCUUUUGACUACUAUGUAAUGACUCCUAUCUGGGACGAUUGUUUAAUUAAGCCAAUUGGAUUCUGGCUGUAUAUACCGGCAGCUUUGCAGUUUUUGCGGUUUUUAGAUAUACGGAGGAGGAGGCUCAAUUGGAUCAUCUCAUUUGAGAUGUAUAGCAGAGUAAUUCAUGGAUUAGUAGAAGUGAAAGAAUGUGGGGUGCAUUUAGUAUGUCCAGAUGAUGGUGCUAAUUCAGAGUUCUUUAAUAGCAUUGCUCCUUUUGGCCGUUCGGGAUCUUCAGUUUCAGAUUCAAAUUCAGAUUUCCACCGUCGAUAUAUUUCUAAAAUUAGAAAGAAAGAGGAAAUGAUACGGGCAGAUCUCAAUAUUGGCCAAGUGAGAGAGGACAAGAUAAAGCUAUGCCAAUGGGGUCAACAUCUCACUUCAUACAUCCUGACUGACGAAGCCCUUGGGAAAAGUUCAGAAGAUAUAUCAAAUUACAGAAAAAUAACUAAAGGUGGGUGGUUGUUGGGAUUCAAUAUCCCGGAGUGGGUCCGGUAUAAAAGUAGUGGCUCCUCUACAACGAUAGAUUUGGAUGGUAUUGCGAAUCCGGAGAUGGGGUGUGCUUUCUUUGCUGUUUGUGAUUAUGAUAAAUUCUUUCCCCAUGAUGAAGCUACUUCAAUUUCAACGGUGGGUCUUAAAUUACUCUUUAAGCGACAAGAAGAAUCUUGGUUUGAAUGUUUUCAAUGCUAUUCAUCAAUGAGUAAUCCUCGCUGUUUAUACUCUAAGCCAAUUGGAUUAUGGACGUAUAUACCAGCAAUUUUUCAGUUUUUUCCGUUUUUGGAUAUACGGAGGAGGCUCAUUAAGAUUUCAUUUGAGAUUUCUAGGGGAGAUUUUGUUGAAAUAAUAGAAGUGAAAGAAUGCGGGGUGCAUUUAGUAUGUCCAGAUGAUGGUGCUAAUGUAGAGUCCUUUCAUGGCUUUGUUCCUUUAGACCGUUCGGGAUCUGUAGAUGAUUUAAAUCCAUAUUUCAUUCAUGAAUAUACGUUUCACUGGAAAGAAAGAAAGGAAAUGAGACAAUCUUGCUUCUGCUAUCAUACGAAUGACAGAUGAAAAUUCUGUUGUUCCAUGAGGAGUUAAUUUAUUGGAGUCAUUUGCAGCUUGUGUGGAUAUGAGGCAAGUUCCAUUAACUUAGAUGAAGUUUUGAUUGGUCAUGGUUGUGGUCAUUGACUCUAUAUGCUUGUAGUUAAAAUCUUACUCAUACAUAAUUAAUGCAAGAGGAGCUUCACUUGUAUAUCAGUUUCUUAUGAUUUCAUAUGGUGCUCUUGGGUAGGAUGUGAAGACCAUCAUAUAGAAUUGUCUUGCAACAAUUACACUGAAAGAAGUUAAACAUUUGGUGCUCAACUAAGGAGUCAACAGAUGUCCUUGAAAAUUUUAUUUCCAUUAAUCUAUUGCAGAUCAGCAGAAUUACUCAAUGUAAUUUUCCUACUUAAUUCUCCCGUCUUUCAAAACCAUAAUCGAAGUAGAACAAUUAUCCCAUUUCAGACCUUCCUUUCAAAUCCAAAUACCUUAUUCAUUUCUAUAUCGGUGGCUUUAUUAUCACCUAACACUGUUUUAACUAGUCUAAAGACAACCUGUAUAGGGACUAACAUUAGCAGUUUUAAUCCAAAACAAAAAGUAAAUCUACCCUAAAACAAAUUAUGUUCAAUGAACUUUUCACCUCUCCGUACCCACAAACCUCAAUGCAAAACAUAUUUCAAUUUUUUUUUUUUUUAAAUUUGCAUAACUAAUUUAUCAAAUUCCAGUAAACAAUGCAACUUAAAAAAUAAAUAAAGUCAAA